AUGGCUCUCCAUGCCGUCCUGGCCGCCCACAACGGGUUGGGAUACCUGGCCCUCCACGCCGUUCAAUUCGGCGCACAGCCACUUCUCGCCAAACGAUGCAUUGCCAAGGGCACUCCAGUGCCAAGUCUGGUCUUGGGUGCGGAGGCUGCCAAGGUCAUCGCGUGUUUGGGAUUGCUGAAAGUUGAAGGCAAGCUCCAGGAGGUAGCUCGAGGCUGGUCCUUCAAAAGCUUUCUGAUGGCAGCGGGCCUUCCUUCGCUGAGCUACCUCUUGCAGAAUUUGUGCAUCCAGGUGGCGUACCAACAGCUGGACGGCAUCGUUUUUAACAUCUUGAACCAGACAAAGAUGCUUUUCACGGCUUUCUUCGUCUACCUGAUCCUGGGAAGGCGGCAGUCUCCCGCGCAGUGCUGCGCGCUUCUGCUCCUGUCCUUUGCUGGUGUCCUCGUGAGCCUCUCGGAGGCAAAGGAGGCAAAGGCCUCCGGCUCGGCGUCGGCGUCGAGCUCUGAGAGCUUUUGGAUGGGCAUCUGCUGCAUCGUGUCUGCAUCCGCACUGUCUGGCUUCGGCGGGGCCGUCUCCGAGUGGGUUCUACAACGAGAACAGCGCAAUAGCUACCUCUUUAGCUGUGAGAUGGCCGUCCUUGGCUGCUCUGCGAUCUUUGCGGGUCGCUUCUUGAGUCAUCAGCAGGAGGAGGGUCUCUUUGAGCGCUGGACUGGGCGAACCCUCAUCCCAAUCCUGACGCAGGGCUGGGGCGGCAUCGUGGUUGGCCUCAUUGCAAAGACAUCUGGGAGCGUUCGCAAGGGUUUUGCUGUGAUGGUUGGCCUCCUCUUGACCUGCUUGCUGAAGUGGGCGGUGGAGGGCAAAGAACUUAGCUGGUCCGCUGUCGUUGCAGUGCCGCUGGUGGCACUGAGCAUCUACCUGCACGCGCGGUAUCCCCCUCAACCUUUGGCAAAGCGGUCCUAG